AUGAUAGGUAUACGCAACAGCAUUAACAGAAGACGCAGACGUAAUAACUCCAACCCUUCUGUCAAGUCAGACACCGUCGAAGAACAUCCCCAACCACCACCCCGAACGCCUCCCCGCAGCAGCGCAAUGGAGGCCAUCCGCGGCUUGUCCGACUCCCUCACCGGAAAAAGCCAUAACAAGACUCAUGAGCGUGCCGUAGUCAGCGUCAAUGAGGCCAGUCCCUCCAUCUCAGACGAUGAUGCUGAGGCGGACCAGACCUUUGCGACUGACAUCACGGCGCCCUCCUUGGCCGACGGAGACACGAACGGCUCCUUAGGGGCAAACAACAAAAUCAAAUCUCUGGACUACUUCCACCGGGUCAAAGACGUGUUCAAAAGCGUGACGAAGAAGAUUGUCCGCAUUGAUGAAUACGAUGAGUCCUUUGUCAGGGAGACUGACUUGCAUGUCUACCUUCAAUACAUCUCUGAUGAACGACUCAUCCAUAUGCCCCGUCGGGGCAGUGAUUGGGACCGUGUUCUGGGAGCUGCCCAGUUCUUCGGCCUGCAGAUCUGGUCCUUUGGAGACAAGAUCAACGCCUUUGUCCCUGGCGCAAAGGAUUCUGCGGCAGCGGCGCUGGCCAGUUGCCAGAUCCUUCUGGAGCUCGGCCAUGGUCAAGCUCAAGCUCUGCUGCCCACAUUCAUUGCUCUGUACGAGCUUGCAAUGCUUCUGUGCACCGUCGGACAGAUCCGGGGUUUGGAGCACAUGCCUCCCGUCAUCAAGGAGGACGCCGCCUCCCUGUUCUGUGACCUGGUCGGUCUGACUGGCAGCAUCGCCAUUCACUACCGCGAGAAGAUCACUGCCUACCGCUCCGGUGCCAAGGUCAAGAUCAACUUUGACACCACUUUCGGGAAGCAGAUCACCGCCAUUUGGGACGGCAAGGAGCAGCUCCAAGAUCACAUCUGGACAUCCAAGUUGGGACGCAAGCGCUUCUCCUUCACCGUCCCAGCUCUCAGGGCCAAGCUCCAGUCGCCCACUGAGGUGUCAUCCGUUCGAGGUACCCUCUACGACGAGGUUCUCGAGAGUCUUGAACGCUCCGAGGACACGUGCUACUGGAUCAAACAUGAAAUCGUGCAGUUCUUCAACAGCAAUGAACAGGUUCUCAGUGUCACUGGCCCCGCUGGUUCGGGCAAGUCGAUACUGGCUGAGUGGGUUCAAGAGCGUCUCACUCGACCCCUUGACCAGAAGCAUUAUAUUGUUCUUGACUACACCUUCCCAUUCGACUCGCCAGUGGAUGCCAACUCUCUUGCUUGUAUCAAGAGUCUGAUCAACCAACUCUUGGAUCGCAGUGUGGGCGAUGUUGCUCUAUUUGCCCAAUUGGUGCAUGCUUUUGAAGAAUUCGCUGCCCACCAGUCUACCCAACAGCUCGAAGCCGCUCUAUGGAAGGCAUUCCGAAGUGGUCUCCAAGCCGCGGAGCGUGGGGGGGCAACCAUUGUCAUUAUUGUCGAUGGCUGCGAUGAGAUCGCAUUCCACACUACUCUGCGCACCAGCGCCUCCAAGCUUCCCCACGUCCGUGUGAUUACUUUCUCACGGCCUGUCUCUCACCUCAGUGAUGGUUGCAAGCACAUCGUCAUUACCCAGCAAGAGGUCAAGGAGGAUAUCAAAGCUCAUCUCUGGGAAAACCUCUCCAAGGUAGAGUACUUCCACAGCAAGCUUGAUGUUGGUGCCAGGGAGGCCCUCGUCGACGAGCUCGCAGAGAAGUCAAAGGGUAAUUUCCUUUGGGCCUUCUUCGCCGGGCGCCUCCUCCAGGGCGCCACGCUUGAGAACUACACAACGGUCAAGCACAACAUCAGCUCGGAUGUGAAGAAGUUGCUGCCAGCUCUCGUCGGCCAUACCCGCCUCAAGGAUGAUACUCUACGCCACCUCUUGUCCUUCAUGGUUGUUGCCAGCCGUCCUCUGACGAUCCAAGAGGCUGCCGAACUUCUGGCGACUAACACGACCAAGAGGGAGAUAGAGAAGCAGACACUGGACCUCAUCAAGUUCAUCCCCGAGAAGUGCGGCGACGUGGUCGUCCUUCACGGCGGCCGCCUGCACUUCCGCAGCUCCUUGGUCCUCUCCUUCCUCCAGGAGCAGAUGGGCCAUACAUUGCUGUCGGUUCGGGAAGCUCACUUGCAGCUUGCUUCGAAACUUCUUCUCUAUGCCAGGCUCCACCUGGAGAGUGACCGAGAACCUUUGAUUGACGAUCUAGAUGAGUCGGUUGUGGAAAAGCUGCUUGGCUCCCACCAUCUACUUCUAUAUGUGGUACAGAACUGGACUGUGCACUUCAAAGCAGCAGGUCUGGUUGGCACUGGCGGCGAGAUUACUCUUCCUAAGGGCUUUGCAGACCUGUUCCCCCAUACCGUCACCUUCUCGCUCCUGGAGAGGACCUGCUGGGACCGACUCUAUACGCACCAGGAUGUAGUUGGCGUCCACGAGCUUGCCCUCAAGAUUAGAGAGACGACAUUUGGCGAGAAGCACCUCACCGUGCUCCAGGGCCUCAUCACCCUGGGUCAUGCCCACCGCAGAAUCUCCGCCACUUCCACUCAUGGCGGCGCCACAUACUUGGUGCGAGCUGUCAGGCUUGGCCAGGUCGUGCUAUCCGAGUACAGCGCUAUUGUUGCAGCCUGCACAAGCCUCUUCCUGUCCUGGACGGAGACUUUGGUUAUUACACAGCGAACGGAGAUUGUGACUUACCGCGAGGAGAUGAUCCGUGUUAUGAUCAAGAUCUGCAAGCAGAAGCACGGCCAGAGUAGUGAUCAGGUGAUUUUCUGGUACGAGGCUCUCGCCAAGCUCUACGUCGAGAUCAAAGAAGUGCAGAAUGCCACGAUUGUCUACCGAGAACUGUAUGAGAUUGUCAUCAUUCGCCAUGGCAAGAAGUCUACCAAGGCUCGGCAGAUUGGUAAUGUCUUUGGUACUCUGGACGUUGUUCUCAAGGGCGAGGAUGCCGCCAAGGACACGAAGGAGCUCGAGGUGCUCAUUUUCGAGACGAAUGAUGACAUGGAGGUGACUGACCAGCUCUGCAUCUCCAUGAUGAUCCGCCUUGCUCAGUCAUACAUCUCAUGCGGGAAGCUCUUCCUCGCCGAGCGUCUCUACGUCAGCCUCUGGCGCCGCGUGUCGGCUAUGUGCAUUGCCGGUGCACGUAUUGAGGUUCACAUUGCCAAGAUCCAGAUUGCCCUCGAGUAUGUCAAGUUCUUACGCAAGGUCGACCGCUCUGUAGAGGCCAGCAAUAUUUUGAUAUGCCUCUGGGCUGAAUAUGAGCAUCACACCUUUGAGUCCGAGAUCCUGAUUAUCUGGCUUCGCGAGAUCGGAACUGUUUGUAGGUCCUUUGGACUUCUGACCAUCUCUGCCUCGAUUCUGACCAAAGUUUGGGGGUGGUUCAAGAGCAAGGGCAAGACUAAGAGCGAGGAGGCCCAGCGCACAACUGUCCUCAUCACCCAAGUCGUUGAAGAAAUCACUGAAACCACAAUAACGAAGAAGACGACUAAGAUUACGACCACUGAGGUGACUGAGACAGUUGUGAGGGAGAUUUUUGAGCUCCAAUACACACGAUGCAAGACCACGACUGUAGAUCGCGAGUUCUUCUCGGCAUGUCUGGCGAUUAUUGGGCUUUACAUCCAGAAUGAGAAUUGGUCCGAGGCUGAGGUCAUCAUCAAGAGGACCCUCGAGAUUUCCUGGAAGGCGAUGCUGAGCGCCGACAUCAAGAUCAGUCUCGGUCAGAGCUCGACCAAGGAGUCUAUCGCUGUGGCUCGCCGCCUUGCACUCUGCUACCACCGCCAGGGCCUUUUGGAGCAAGCUGAGCAGACCUAUCUCCGAAUCUACUACGCUUGCCUCCAGUCGAUCGGCAAGAUUGAUCAGGUAUACACCACAGAGGCUAUCCAAGCCCUCAUCGAUUUCUACGAAGGACUCCAUCGACAUGAGAGAGUGACACAAAUUUAUGUCGAGGUCUUGGAGGUGUAUCGUAAGCAGUAUGGGCAUAACAGCCACUUGGUAAUCCAGCUGAUGUACAAGCUUGCCGCCCAGCACGAGAUGCUUGGACACCACACAGAAGCCUACAAGCAAUAUCUCGAGAUCGUGACGAUCUUGAACAAGGGGAUCAAGUACUGCCACCAAGACGCUGUCAAGGCGGCCCUCUUCCUCUGCCGCCACUACCACACGCGCAAGAUGUGGACUGGUCUGCGGGAGAUUUGCGGCGUGGUUUGGGAGACAAUCUUGCACCAUCGCGAGAAGUGCAGCCACCUGGAGAUUGAGGUCAUCUCCGAGAUCUAUGAAAAGUACGCAUAUGUGCUCGAGUUCCAUGCCAAGGUUGAAUUCUCAGUCCUCUACCAGGUGACCGUCCAGUACAAGGAGGUUGUGACGGUGAUCUCAGGAGGCGACUCCAACUCCAAGGCUGUUCUGCUGGCGCUGAUUACCCUUGCCAAGAUCUGUGAGAAGCAUGAGAGCCACUACCACGAGUCUGUCAAGAUUUACGAGGAAGUGCUUACGAAGACAACAACUACCAAGACCACUGAGACGAUCAUUACUGAGACGACGGUGCACACAAUCAAGAAGCGCCUGUCCAAGAUGUAUGUCACCAUUAUCACGUCGGGUAAGGGAGGCCCAGCAACCCCGGCCACGGUUGAGCGUGCCAUCGCUGUCUGCUUUGAGGCGUACGUCCAGCUCAAGGUGGAGUAUGGCGUCUGGCAUGAGGUUACCCUCCUCAAGCUCAAGGAUCUGGUCAUCUUGUACCAAAAGGUCAAUUCUCAGCAUAUCAGAAUCAUUGAGCUGUUGCAGCAGUCUGUUGUUGAGAUCAUCACUACGCUGACGGUCACUACGACUCUCUUUGCCGCUGCCACCACCCUGGCAGGCAUCUACACCAGUGUUGGCUUGGUGAACAAGGGUCAAGAGCUGCUCCAGCAGUUGCGCCACCUGAUCAUCUUCCGAGGCGGCUGGACCACCACGGAGAUCACGCUGAAGAUUGAUGCGCAGCUGAGCAAGGUUGUGUUCGCCUUUCUGAUCGCUUUCGAGCAGGGGCUCCUAGGAAAGGGCAAGACCAUCUCGCACUCUGAGAUGAUGGCUGAUAUUCUCUUCGAGUCUCUCUUGUUUGUCGAAUACUCCCGAGUCAUCGAGAAGGAGACCAAGCUCGAGGUCAUUCUUGAAGCUGGAGCCAAGCUCCGUAUCUUCUGGGAAGAGCACAAGCGCACCCAGCUUCUGGAAAUACUUGACAAGAAGCUUCUGCAACUGUUCAGAGCUCAGUACGCCGCCGAGUUCAAGACAGUUGGAGAGGAAUACGUCCGCACUUUCUACCUCGCCAUCCUGCUGGAGCUUGGAAAGGACCAGCGCGCCUCCGAGAUUGACUUCCCUGCUCUGGCAUGCAAGGCCGGCAACAAUAAGGUGAGAGCGCUCCUCGAGGCUGGUGAGUUCCGACAGGGACACCAGGUCGGCCGCGCCGUAUUCCAGCUGGCUAUCAAGCACCGCAUCUUCCACUACACGCGCUACUUCCACAUCGGCUACAAGCUUGCCGAGCUGCUGGCGGGCAUCGAUGUAGCACACCCCAAGGAGCCGGAGCUUAGCAAGGCGAUGAAGCAGACCUCAAGCGAUAUCAUGAGAGACGUCCUGGCUACAGCGUACAAGGAGGGCGUGGACUUUGCCGAUCUCAAGUUCGAGGACUUGUCUGGUCUGAUCCGCCUGCUCGGCGCCCAGGGUAACUUCACAACCCUCGAGGAGCUGCUCUCCAAGCUCUGGGACAGACGCGAGGAGCUGCAGAGGUCGAGGAACUGGUCCCCAAUCAUGGUCCUGCGCGUCGGCAACUUGCUCGUCCACGCCCAGCAGAACAGCAAGAAGACGGCCGCCGCCAUCAACACGGCCGAGCUUCUAUACUACAACAUCAGACGUGGACGUGGACGACUGGACCCGGACACCUUGGCCGUCUCGAUGCUCCUCGCCAGCCUUUAUGUCUCUAGUGGAAGGGUCGCCAGCGCCAUGGACGUGCAUGAGACCGUCCUCCGCGAGGUCUCGUUCGUCUCCCUGGAGCACUACUCGAGCGAGCGCCGCGCCGCCAUCAUCGCCGACACGAAGCUCCAGCUCGAGCGGCUGAGGGAGGCGCACGUCCGCACGGGCGGCAAGGCGCGACCCGUGGCGGAGCUCAAGGACCUGUACGACCGCCUCAACCAGAACCUGAAGCUGGAGCUGCCGGCGUUCGAGAAGUGGAUCGAGAUUGGCAACAGCAACAAGACGGUGCAGAACGCGAACUACAUGUCCCUGCUUGACUGGGCCAUUGGGAAGGAUACGACCAAGUACAUCAGGGCGAAGAAGUGGCCUUAUAGGCGGAACAAGGUCGAGGAUGACCUGGCGAAGGAGACAACGCAGUGGUGGCUGGUGCAUUGA